GUGUACAAGUGGGUGUACACAAUCUCAAUGAGAUAAUUGCAUUGAAUAGUUCCGUGUGAGUCGAAGAAAUACCGGCUUCUUUUGAUUUGGAAGGAAUUAGAAAAAACAUCAGAAUCAAAAUGUCGAGAUCGCAAAGUGAGAAAGAUAAGAAACAGAAACAUCAGGAGAAAUACCAGGCAGUGUUGUCAAGAUUGUUACGGGAGGAAGACAAUAAAUACUGCGUUGACUGUGAAGCAAAAGGACCGAGAUGGGCUUCUUGGAACCUGGGUCUCUUCCUCUGCAUACGAUGCGCUGGAAUCCAUCGGAACCUCGGUGUGCACAUAACAAAAGUCAAAUCAGUCAAUCUGGAUUCUUGGACAGAGGAGCAAAUACUGCAUAUGGAGAGCAUUGGAAACACACAAGCAAGGAAAUAUUAUGAAUGUAAUCUCCCUCCAAACUUCAGACGGCCACAGACGGACUCUCCAUUAGAACAAUUUAUCAGGAGCAAGUAUGAGCACAAGAAGUAUAUCGACAAAACCAUGCAACAACCAAAAGCAUCCAGGGUUAAGAAAGUAGAUAACAGAGAAACUCAAGAUGCAGACAAGGAGAAGAGGAGAGCUAAGAAACAGGAGAAGAAUAACAUCGCCCUUCCAAGACCAUCAGAUAAUGCUCCCGUUGUCAAGAAGCAACAAGGUCCACCUGCACAAACCCUUGCUGCUCAGGCUGCUACAGUCACAGCUGUACAGAGCGCCCCCACAGCCUCUGCACCCCCAGCCACUACCGCAGCUGCUCCACCCACCCAGUCUUCAAAUGUAUUGGAUCUCUUUGGACUAGAAACCCCUUCAUUACCGGUGGGUAACGGUGAUCUCCUUGGAUUACACACACCUCAGAAGCCCAUUGCCAGUCAGAUCUCUCCUGCCCACAAUGCCAAUGCGCCCCCAGCAGCGGCAGCAGAUCCCGCCAUCGAGGAGUCUCUCUUCGGCUCGGAAGACAGCUCAAAGUCUGCAUCGUCCAAGACAUCCAAAGAAUCAAUCCUGGCGCUGUACGGGUCUUCGGGUCAGAGCCAGCAGAACUACGGUGUUCCAGGGGGUAUGUACAUUCCAGCACAACAGCCAAACCAAAUGAUGAAUGGUGGUAUGCCAGCAACUCAGGGUGGUAUACCACAUCAAGCUGGUGGUAUGCCACAGAUGCAACCACAACAGCAACAAACCAAUGCAGGGUUCCCGCAACAAAACAACUACAACAUGGGAAUGAUGGGUGCCGGACAGCAGAUGCCAGCAGCGCAGGGCAUGAUGGGUAAUCAAGGAGGGAUGAUGGGAAUGUACAAUCCAAACCAGGCCCAUAUACAACAGCAACAGCAGCAGCAACAACAGCAGCAACAAGCAGCGUUCUUACACCAGCAACAGCAGCAACAACAGCAACAAGCACAGGCCCAAGCCCUACAACAGCAGCAGCAGCAGCAACAGUAUCAAUGGGAGCAGAUGCAGCUCAGGCAUAUGCAACAGAUGCAAAUGCAACAGCAGUAUGAUACAAUGCACCAGGUCCAAGCACAAAUGCAGAACAUGAGAGUCGGAGGGGCUCCAGGAGUGAUGCCCCAGCAGCAGCCACAGCAGCAGCCUGGUGGAUGGGGUAUGCCCAGUAACCCUCCUCAGCCUGCCACAGGGAUGCAUGGAGGCUUCGGGGCACAGCAACCCAUAGCUGGAGCUGCAGGUGCAGGAGGAGCAGGAUGGGGAGCAACGGGCAUGUCAUCAGGACAGACGCUCAGCACUAACUUAUGGAAAUGAUGAUAGGGCAGGGUGUGCGCUGAGUGGACGGUGCAGUGUGUGUGUAUGUAGGCGUACGAUAGGGCAGGGACUCACCCCCUCUGCUCUGUUGUACUUGAAUGAUUAAUACAGUCAAACCUGGGUAGAAAGACCAUUGAAGAGCAUCAAAGGUCUUUAUAGGCAGGUAGUCUUUGACAGGUUUGACUGUGAUUGGGUGGAAAAAGUUUGUUCACACAUUACUUGGUAAACUGCUUAAAGAAAAAACAAAACAAACGCCAAAAUAAAAUAUAAACAUCUUUAUACAUGUAAAUGAUUGUGAAGCAGCUGUGGACAAAUAAAACUUGAACUUGUAUGCGUACUUGUAUUUGUGUGAUACAAGGUACAGCUAUAUGAAGGUUAAUAGCUUGCAUCACGGCUUGGCAUGAUUAUAUUUUAAAGCAGUUUACCUUGCCAUGUAUGAAUAAGGUGUAAGCUGUGCACUUUUGGAUGUAAACCUGACACUGUAGUAGCAUAUUGGAGUCUUACAUGCAGGUAGGACAUAGAGCCUUAGACAUAGAACGCAUCUUGCACCCCUCUAGAUCGAUCAUCCUCCACCAUCAUUGGCUUAUAAGCUGAAUUUCCUGCAAGGCCUUUUCAAGAAUGCUUCAUGAUUCGACUGCUUUCCAUAAAAAGCAUAGUGAUGUUGAUACAUGAAGCUUAUGGAAGAUAUCCUAUACUAUUGCACAGUGAUGGUGCUAGAGCAGACAUACCUCUAGCAAGGAGGAAAGAAAGAUAUGUCAACUCCUUUGCUACUUCUGCUGAUUUAUAGAACAUGAAACAGACUGCUUGUGUUGACUUUUGCCACAGAUACAUACAGUGUCUAUAUAAUCUUGUACACAGAUAAAUUUGGCAGCACACUGGUUCAGUUCCUGGCAACAAAGAGUUAAAAGCACCAAGUCCUUAGAAGGCUGGCCUAAAACAUUGACUCUCUCUUUGCUGCAAACCUAGGUCUAUGAUGUCAUCCAAAAGUGUAUAGCCUUCCUCCACCUCUACCCCCACAUAUAUGAUGAGAGUCUAUUAUAGAUUGUACAGCAUAUCUAAUGACAGCAGUGUACAUGUGUAAGACUGGGAGACAGUGUGUGUAUAGAAAUGUAUGUUUAUACAAAUGAUAGAGCACAAAGCUGACCGGUUAAUGUUGUUCUCUCUCUCUGUGAAUAGGCAAUAUCUUAUAUAUAAUGUGCUUGUAUAGAUAACUCAUUUCCAAGUAUGUUCAUGUAUGUAGAAUGUACAAAAGAUACACUGUCGUAUGUAGGUACAUUAGAAACGAUUUAUUGUGUAAUUGGAAAAAAAUGUUCCAGAAUAUGGUGGAAGGAAACAUGUACUUUCUGCCUUAGCGUACCUUGUAUUGCAUAGCGCCAUCUCAUGGUCAACUUGCCAACAGUGCAUAACCCAAUACCUCAUUUCCACUUCACAGAGGACUUGAUGCGAAAACCAACAGUGCAGCGAGUUAUGGGACCAUACUGCUAAAGCUGACCUGAGACAGCCUUAGAGUAGAUUUUGUGGUAGUGCUUCUAGUACAGUUGGGCUUGAAAGGGCCGUCUUGUAUAUGUACAUGAAGACCUACCAUAAAGUGUAGUUAUUUCUGCCCUUAUAAACCCACAUGUGAUUCUUUAGUUUAAAAUCAUUUUGUAAAAACUAUUUAAACAAAAUACAGUAGUUAAAGUACUUUCCCUUUUUAUAGUACAUGUAUAUUUAAUAAGAGAUGACCUUGUAUACCCUUUGAAUCAUUGCUCAGAGAGAAUACUAAUGAUCCAUCCCUGUGCUCCAAUAGAGUGAUGGUGUUAUAAUGAUCCAUCCCUGUGCUUCAAUAGAGUGAUGGUGUUAUAUAUAUAUAAUGAUUUAUAGAAUAGAAACAAAAUAAAAAUGCAAUAUGUUGCUGCUGAGGCGUAGGUUUAAGUGUUGAUGGAGUAGCUGAUGGUUGAGGUAUACCAAUCAUAAUUUAUAUUCCUUGGAUACAAAUGUACAUGUGCUUGGCUGCGUGAAGAUGCUGGAGAGAGGAUACAUGAGUAGCAUAUCAAAUCAAAGAAACUUUAGUUUUCCUCAUGAGUUUUCUAAGUUUCUAGCUCUACUAGAGAAUUGAUGUUCCCAAAUAUAUAGUGAAAUUAUGCUUUCAAUACCAAUUUAAAUGACAUUCCAUUAUACUACAUUAUGUACUUUAUGAAUUGGUAUAGAGUCAGCUUGGACUUCAUGUACAUGUAUGAAACAUGGACUAAACAUACAUGUACAUGUACAUCUAUGUAGCAUGAUUCUAAAUACAAUAAAGUGUCUACUAUGAUCUAGAAAGUUGUAUCACCCCCUUGUCUCCCGGCAGACAAUGAUUUUGUUCAUAGAACUGUUCAUGACAUAAUCUAGACAUAUUCCGUAGAGUACAUGCUAUUGUACGUUGAUCAACAACCUUUAAUCACUGUGCAUGUUUAAUGUUUACCUGAUUCACAGAUUCUGCCCCUUUUAGAGUGGUACUCAUACACUGUAUGUGCAGGGAGAUAAGGCCAUUUCCACAAUUCAUGUGGCAUGAAAGUCCAUGAAAUACAUUCUUGUGAGCUCUUGACUCGGUACACGUCCUCCAAAAAUUGCUACAACAAAAUAAAAACAUUUUGCCUGUAAAUGAAUGGCAAGUUUGGAGUAGGAAAAUAUAAGCUGUGAGCAACAGAAGUUCCUGUUAGUUAAGUUUGCUGACUGAUCUGUUAUAUAAUAGAAAUGUAAAGUGCAUUAUUCUUGCUUCCUUCAUCUCUCUCUCUACAGUAGCUUGUUUGCCGAACAUGCAAUUUUCACACAAAUCAAAAUGCACUCAUUGACGGAAGGAUUAUUUUUUGGCGAAAAAAUGUCUUUGUAAUAUUCCUUCAUUUCUGGGUCUUGAUUAACUCCAUGGCAACCCUUUUAACACUGGUAUAAAUUAAUCUGGUUCUGAAAACAGUCAAUAAUCUUGAAGCCUUUGGUAUAUCUCUCGCAUGAUAGUAACAAUGUGGCACAGGGAGAAGUAAGAUGUAAGAAGAUAAUAUAUAAUGUUUUGCUGAUGCAUACUUGUUAGGUGAUUUAUCAUAGCAUGUGUGAACCAGGCUAUAUGUCCUUGUUGCAUUCCAGGUUGGGUCUAUGUUGGUCUAUAGACCCUGUUCACAUCAGGUACCAGUAUAUUGGUGGUGGGUCAAUUUUUAAUGAGGGGUUGUUUUCAGUAUAAUGUAAAACUGCACAAUAGUUUGUUGUCUAAUUAUCAUUAUAAUUAUCAUUAUAAUUAUCAUUAUCAAAGUUAUUAUUAUUGUUAUUAUUAUUGCUUGAUAUCUUUAAUACCAAUCAUCGCUACCAUCUCAUGAUAUUAAGAUAAGUUUUGUGUGAAUUCUGAGCUCUAGUCUACACAACAUGUUUUUGUUUUAAAUCUAAGCAAACGCAGCCAAAUAAAAUUCUUUAUGUUUCAAUGUAUGAAUGGCACAGGCAUUAUGCUGAAAUCCAAAUUGUUCUCAUGAAACUAGCUAAAAUUGGUUUGCAUUAAUUUGUGUAUGUAUCAAAAGUUGAUUUGUUAUGUGCCCAAGGUUCAGAGAAGUACCGUAAUGGUUUUACUGGUAUUAACAAAUCAAUUUGUCCUAGAACAGGGGAUCGGUCAAUCAUUUACGUACGUUACUAACUAUAAAAACAAUUAUAUAAAGGUUUAUACACAUAUUUUUUUUCUAAAUUUCUUCUUCUUCAUUAAAGAAAAGAAAAUAUGAGACCAGUUAUAAUGUUUUCAUGAGUAAUAAACAGGUUAUGUGUAUAUACGUAUGUUAGAGAUUUAAUAUAUUCAUAUAUAAUGUAAAUGCAGGUAUCUGCCUUGUAUGCCAAUUCUCCCUAAAGCAUAUUUUUUUAAUGAGAGAUGAGGUUCUCCUAGUCCUUGUACAAUUGGAUAUGUGCUAGCAUUGGUUAAAACGAUGACAUUUCUUGGGUUUUAUUAUUUUUUUUUUUAAAUUCUUUCUCCUGCUUAUUAUCAACGUUAUAAUACUAGCAUACUAAACACACCACCAGAAUGAUUGUACAUGUUUCAAUAAUGGGGGAAUACCCCUUUAGCUUUUUAGUAUUCAAAGAGUUCACUUAUUGGUAUAACAGCAGUGUUGUUGUAAUAUAAUUAAACCAGACCUCGAAAUACAGAAGGAGAAGAAGAUAUCAUAUUGUCCCGUUUUGUUUUUCUGGCAGUCAUCAUAGGCUUCAGAGUUAAUACAUAAUUUUUGUUUGAAUUUCGGUUUCAAUAAAGGAUGUGUGAUUAUAAGACAUUUAAUCCACAGUUGCCACUCUCCACCCAGGUGUUAAUGGGUACCUGGCAGUUGCUGAGGGAAUGCAAAUUGCAGGACCCUCUGGAAGAACAGCAUUGAUGCUGAUGAAACUCCCCUGGGUAAACAAAAUUAGUAUUAUCAUAUGAUUAUUAUAGAAGAAAAUCAAGUUUUUCCCCAGAAAGACAUUGUGGAACUUAAUAGGCCUAUGCCCUAUUCCUGAAUAAACCAGUUUACAGUCGAACAUGUCCAUUAUAAGGCCACUUACUGAACACUGUAUUAAAAAAACAUAUGGUCAUUCUAGACAGGUUGUACAACACAUUAUUCCUAGAGUUAGACAAUAUAGGUGACCAUUAUAGACGGAUUGCUUUUAUAUGGAUGCUAUUAAAGACAGGUUUGUCUGUAUUUUGUUAGAAGCUAUUAGAAUGUCACAGAAUGUGUACACAGGUACCUUGGAUCUUGACAAAAUGUUUCUUUGCAAUAUACAUGUACAUGUCAUUUUGUUGUGUGUACAUUUUAUCACCCCUCUGUCUGUACUGAUGUAUAACACAAGUACAACUGUUUUUGAAGAAACAACUCAUGAAGGCCAAUGUGAACACCUUUUGAAUGUCCCAUGGAAAUCAUGUUUGGAUUACGUUAUAUUUCAUUUUUAUGUUCUCACAUCAUUUCAAUAGAUGAUAUACAAGGCUACAGUGAAAUUGCCUUGGAUUAAUUUAUAAAAGCAGUUGUCAUUGUGUUGCGUGUACAUUUGAUCUGCUUUAUACAAGCAAAGGUGUUUUUUGACUGUACAUGAAUUAGAAAAGUCAUAUAGUAAGGAUAUUUUUCUAGCGGUAUACUUAGAAAUGAGUCGGCAAUUGUAAACCAGCAGAAAUAGUAAUACAUCAUAGCAAAUGCGCACCAAAUUGAAUGUUUCAUGGUCACAAAUCAAUGUAAUAAUAACUGUUUAAAGGAGCUAGUUGUGAGUUUAAUAUGUUUGUGAAACAAAUUAAGACCAGUUUUUGAAUUUAUGUUACCACAGAAUUUGAUAUGAAACUCACAAGAUCGCAGAGACUUUCAAGAAACCAAUUUUAGGCAAAUUUCAACAUUGCCUAUUGAACUCUUGUUUAGAUUAUGUAACGUGUCAUUGUCAUUUCAUACAUUUCAAAAGGUGACCCACGAGACUAUUGACAUUACCUCAGGCUAUUUUUAAAAAGUCUUUUGUGUUCAUUUUUUAGACUCUUUACUUUGCCAGGGUUAUUAUAAUUUGUGAAAUUAUUAUUUGCGACAAAUUUCUUCAUCACCGAAGUCUUUCUGCUACUUUUUCUUCCUUCCGUCUCUCUGAGCUGCUAUUUUAUUCAGCUGAUUUUACUCAUCUUUGGCCCUGUUUCACAAAAACUUGUUAUAAAUAACAUUGGUGACUCUUCUAUUAAAAAGACUUGCUCACAGCCUAUCAGAUGCAAGGAGCUUAUACGGAUCAUUUAACUUGUUAUUGUUCACAAGUUUUAUAAAACAAGGCCCUUAAAUAUCCUAUUUUCUUCACAAGGUUGUGACCAAUACUUUAGGGACCCGUUUCACAAAGCCUUUUUUCAAUGACAAAUGACAAAAAUCAAUGACAAAUCUGCUGAUAACCAAUCAGAAGCAAGGAUUUCAGUGGCUUAUAACAAAAAUUGGUCACUGAUGACAAGUUUUGUGAAACGCCCCCCAGGUAUGAUAGGGGCCCGUUCCAAAUAACCUGAUUUUCAAUAACAACUUCCAUAAUUCUGUUAGAAUUGAGCUCAUAGCCAAUCACAUGCAAUGAUUUCACUGAGUAGCUUACCAUAUCAAUCAUUGCAACAAGUUAAUCUUCAAAUCUUUUACGACAGGGAAUUUGGGAAUGUAUGCAUUUAUUGAGAAAUACUGGAUUAUGAUUUCACAUGAUACUCUGACCAAAGAACUCUUGUUGCCCUUGACCACUCGAUCUAUCUCGCUAAAUCAAAUGAAGUUUGUAAUAUGUCUGUCUUUAAUUUUAGCUUUGUUAUUUCUCUUAGUUAUAUAUCUGCACUGAUUGUAUAUGCUUAUUUAAACCAUGUCAUUUGUGUAAAAAUCCUGACAAGCUUUGAAGUUCCCUAUAUUUAAUAUUUCAUAUUUCUUUAAUAUGUUCAGAUUUACUUAUUGUUAUGUUUAAUAUUCGUACACUCCUAAUAGUUUUAGUUUAUUAGUAGCACUAAAAAUCAGAUAGGUGAUUUGGAAAUCAUCAUACUGCAGAAACCUCUGUGGACAUCGUUUUGAUUAUUAAUUCGGUAUAUGAAUAUUAUUAUGCUUCGUUUAAGUUGUAAAUAAAUCCAAACUGUAAAGAAAAA